AUGGCGACCGGCAAGCCAGCGAAGGUGGAGAAGAACUUUUUGGUCGACUUCCUCAUGGGAGGCGUCUCCGCCGCUGUCUCCAAGACGGCCGCCGCCCCCAUCGAGCGCGUGAAGCUGCUGAUCCAGAACCAGGACGAGAUGAUCAAGCAGGGCCGCCUGUCUGAGCCCUACAAGGGCAUCGGCGACUGCUUCAGGAAGGUCGUGGCCGACGAGGGUGUUGUCAGCCUGUGGCGCGGCAACACCGCCAACGUGGUGCGGUACUUCCCCACCCAGGCCCUCAACUUUGCCUUCAAGGACUACUACAAGCGCCUGUUCGCCUUCAACAAGGACCGUGACGGCUACUGGGCAUGGUUUGCCGGCAACAUGGCAUCUGGUGGCGCUGCGGGCGCGACGUCUCUGGCGUUUGUGUACUCGCUGGACUACGCGCGUACGCGCCUGGCCAACGACAACAAGAGCGCCAAGAAGGGCGGCACGCGCGAGUUCAACGGCAUGGUGGACGUGUACCGCAAGACCAUCGCGUCCGACGGCAUCGCGGGCCUGUACCGCGGCUUUGUGAUCUCGUGCGUGGGCAUCGUGGUGUACCGCGGCCUGUACUUUGGCAUGUACGACAGCCUCAAGCCUGUCCUGCUGGUCGGCGACCUGGCGGACAACUUUGCGGCCUCCUUCCUGCUGGGCUGGGGCAUCACCAUCGGCGCCGGCCUGGCCAGCUACCCCAUCGACACCGUGCGGCGGCGCAUGAUGAUGACCAGCGGGCAGGCCGUCAAGUACAACUCGUCCAUCGACUGCUUCAGCCAGGUUGUCAAGAACGAGGGCGUCAA